AUGAAUUUACACAUCAUUUAUGGGAUGAUAGAGGCGGAAAUAAGAAAUUUCGUCGACAGGUGGUGGUUGUUGAAGAAAAGAAAGGAAGCAAGGAUAACAGAAGACGAAGAGAUAUGGGAGACGCAGGGUCCAAUCACGGUGGUAGUAGGGGUGCCUGAUGGGUUGGUGACAAUCAAAAUCCUCUUCACCUCCUUGUGUCACAUCGAUGUUUACUUCUGGGAAGCCAAGGGUCAGAAUGCUUUGUUUCCUCGAAUUUUUGGACAUGAAGUUGGAGGGGUCGUGGAGAGUGUUGGGGAAGGAGUGACUGAGCUUCAGCCCGGAGAUCAUGUCCUCCCUGUUUUCACCGGAGAAUGCAAAGAGUGCGCCCACUGUAAAUCCGAAGAGAGCAACAUGUGCGACCUUUUGAGAAUCAACACCGAUAGAGGAGUCAUGAUUAACGAUCAAAAAUAUCGAUUUUCCAUCAACGGAAAACCCCUUUUCCAUUUCGUAGGAACUUCAACAUUCAGUGAAUACACCGUCGUUCAUGUUGGCUAUCUCGCCGAAAUCAACCCUCUUGCUCCUCUUGACAACGUCUGCAUCCUCAGUUGUGGGAUCUCCACAAGUAUAAAAAGAAAUCAUAGUAUCCUCCGAUUGCAGUUCAAUUGGUGUUUUCUUGACCUAAUUAAUCUUCGUGUUUUCUUCAGGUCCUGUGCAGCUAAUUAAUCUUCGCCCCUCUCAGAUCUAUGUCGCCAACCCCCUUUCUCAGGGUGUUCUUUAAAAAUGCAGAGCGUAGGAUUUUAUGAUUGGGUUGAUUUUGGCGUGAAAGAGAAAAAGAAAAGAAAUUAAUGACUUCUGAUUCGAGUUUGUUGAUAAAUUUCAUUGGAACACUGUCAUUAACAACCUUGUAGAGAAGUUGUUGUUUGGUUUGUAGGUCUUGAAAAAAAGGCGACUUGUGGUAGUUCUUCAAUUGAACAAUGGGAGUUUUGUUGAU